AGCGCCGACCGAGAGAAACAUCAGUCCUCCUCAUCGUGGGCUCCGAGAAACACGCACUCUGUAAGGUGGAAGAAACUUUUACCCUCCAGAGAAGAGUUAGAAACCAGCUAGGAUACACAUCUGGUCCAGAGACUCACGCCAAACGAUAACCAUGUCGGCUUCAUCGGCGAAAGUCAGCAGGAAGGAGAAUUCAAAUCACGACGGAGCAGACGAGACCUCCGAAAAAGAGCAACAGGAAGCAAUUGAACACAUUGAUGAAGUACAGAAUGAAAUUGACAGACUGAAUGAACAGGCGAGUGAAGAAAUUUUAAAAGUAGAGCAGAAGUACAACAAAUUACGCCAGCCAUUCUUUCAGAAGCGAUCAGAACUCAUAGCCAAAAUCCCCAACUUCUGGGUCACAACAUUCGUCAACCAUCCACAAGUUUCAGCUCUUCUGGGGGAGGAAGACGAGGAAGCUCUUCAUUACUUGUCGAGGGUGGAGGUCACCGAGUUUGAGGACAUCAAGUCAGGAUAUAGAAUAGAUUUUUAUUUUGAUGAGAACCCAUACUUUGAGAACAAAGCCCUCUCCAAAGAGUUUAAUGUAAACGAGAGUGGAGACCCUGUUUCCAAAUCCACUGAAAUCAAAUGGAAAGCUGGAAAGGACCUGACAAAGCGUACAGGCCAGACGCCAAACAAAGCGGGGAAGAAAAGGCAGCACGAGGAGCCCGAGAGCUUCUUCACCUGGUUCACCGACCACUCGGACGCAGGAGCCGACGAGCUGGGAGAAGUGAUCAAGGACGACAUCUGGCCCAACCCGCUGCAGUACUACCUGGUCCCCGACAUGGAGGAUGAGGAAGGUGAUGGCGAUGACGACGACGAUGACGAGGAGGGUCUGGAAGACAUUGACGAGGGGGAGGAAGAGGAAGGUGAAGAUGAAGAUGAGGAUGGUGACGGAGAAGAUGGAGAGGAUGACGGUGAGGACGAUUAAAUGCUUCAGCCAACAUCUUUUCCCGGUCUUCCUUUCGUGAUCAUCCUACAACCCACGGGAGCAAAAUAUUUAGUUUGUUUUGGGGGAGGGGGAUUUUGUAAAAAAAAAACAACCACACAAAACAAAAAACUUUUUUUUUUCUUCCCCUGUGUGUCGUCAGCCUGUCCGUCCUCUUCCUCAGCAGCCUCAGCCUGUCCAUAAUGCCAUGUCACAUGACCAGUUUCAAACAGCAGCAACAAGAUUGGGCACCCCUUGACAAAUACCAGUGAUUUGGUGACUUUUUUUUUUUUAAUGAAAAUAUGUAAACGUAGAUAUGGAACAUAAAAAAAAUAUGUUCUAACAAUACUGCAGAGUUACUUUUUGUCAUAAAUUGAACAAAAAGAAAUAAAGCCUCAAUCAUAAAGCCUUCUGCAUUUUUAACAAUGGUGCAGUCAAAGUUCCACCAUUCAUCCCUCAUCCCUCUUUCAUCAGAUAUGAACAAAACUCAGUGUGUAUGUUGAGGAGAUGGUGCAGCACAUCUCCAGUGAGUUUAAUCAGGAUUGCUCCAAGGUGUUUUGAAUCAUGAGCAAAUAUGUGACAGGCCACGCCCACUUCCACCAAUCAAUAUGAAACUUCACAUUUUGGUUAAUAGUCACCUCCAGUGUGAAUGUGAAUCUCAGUCCCCCAAGACUCUAGAAGACGAUACCAAAUUUGGUGUUGAUGAAGUCAAAAUCCAAGACGUUCUCUUCACAUGACUGUUGUCCAUCAUGUUGGACCUUUAUGGUCCAAGAGGUGUGUGUAAUUUCAAGUCAAUCAGACUUGGGUGUGAGGGGUGUGGCCUUUUUGAAAAUUGAAUUUCUGGGCCUUAAUCACAGCGCCACCAUCUGGCUGAUUGGGAUCGCAGCUCAUUUCCAGUUUUUGAGCCAAGUCUCAUAGUUUUAUCUCAUUCCAGCUCAGUCAUUUGAGCCAUGACAGAAGACUACUACUAUUACUACUGCUACUGCUACUGUUACUACUACUACUAAUACUAACAAUAAACAGGGACAAACACAGAAGGGUUCUACCUCUUUUGGGGGUUUGAACCCUAAAAACAUUGUGGCAUGUGCAAAAGUUUGGGCAUCUUGUAUAGUCAGUACUUACUAACUCUCCCUCUGGCACAUAUCACAGCUUGUAAAUGCUUUUGUAGCUUAAAGCCUUUCAGUUCUUGUAUUUUGGGAUUUUCUCCCAUUCUUUUCUAAUGGUUCAAGUCAGAGGACUGUGAGGGGCAUUCCAAAAUCCUCAGCUUGUAUUUCUUAGGCCGUAGUGGAUUUGGAGGCAUGUUUAGGAUCAUUACCAUCCUCUUUAAGUUCAGAUGUUUGAUGUUUGCUUCCAGAAUUUGUUGGUAUUUAGUGGAAUCCAUUCUUCCCUCCACCUGUGCAAUUGGCUGCAACAAAAUAUGAUAGAUCAUCUCCUGUAGAUUUAUUUCAAACAUCUGACUUUGUAUUGUAUGACGAGGAUGUAGGUAAAGUUAUUUUCUACUGUCUGCCACACGAGCAGUUCUCUCUCUACGAGAUUUUUCGUGGUCUUCCAGAUCUCAUCUUGACCUCUACAGUCCUCUUAGUCUGCUAUCUCUUCAUUACAUUUUAACACUGUGGAAACUGCAAGCUGACAACACAUUGCUAUCUUUUUGUAGCUUCUCCUGCACUGUGGGCAUCAAUAACUUUCAUUUUCAGAGUGUCACUAAGCUGUUGAGUGUUCACACAAGAUUUGAAGAGUCAGUGUUUGUAAAGCUUUGAAACUGGCACCAGCUGACACUUCCUCAUGACAAGUGCUAACAAGCUGAUUAAGGUCUGAAUCAUUGUAAAAAAGAAUCUACUUUUGACCAGUUUAUGACAAAAAGUAACUGCAUAAAUGUUUGAAGUUUUCCCCCCGUAUUCUACAUAGACUGUCCACAUUUUUUCAAUAAAAUAAAAUCACCAAAAUAUGUCAUUUGUCAAGGGGCGCCCAAACUUUUGCACCCAACUGCACACAGCAGAUCUACAUUGGGUGCGGUGGGGGGUGGGUGGCUCUCUGGAAGUCCCACCUGUCAUUGUUUCUCUACAUCUCCCAAAGACAUGCAAAAGAAUAAAAAAAUAAAUAAAAAUAAGAAAGGAGGAAAAAAAAUAAUUUGUAGCAUUCUGCACGUCAUUCUACGUAGAUUUAAGAUACGUACAAUAGCAAUUUCUAUGUAAGAUAUGAAGUUACAGUUUCUGUUGAAGUUGUGAGUUCAAUAAAAAAUAAGCCAUGGUGCAGUGAUAACUUAAUCAUAGCAUCCUUAGCCACUUUUAUAUAUAUAUAAAUGUAUAUUAUAAUAUAUCCAGUGGUUGGGGGUACUAAGGCUUAUUAGAAGUUGCAUUUUUCCUUUGUGACUUAUUGUAGUAAUGGAACUGAUUGAAAGCACCAGCUUGUUCCUUUCAACCGUUGUAAAUGUCUCUGGGGUAUACAUGUGUCUUGGUAAGACAGUGGUUAAUUGUACACAGUUUAAUGGGGGUGGGGGGGUUGACACCAACUCUGGAGUUUCUGUUAAUUAAAUUUUCAUUAUGUUGUUUUUCAGGCACCCACAACAAAGUUUGAAAUGUACAUUUUUUUAUAAAAACAACCUAAAAAUCUAAUUUUGAGCUUGGCUUAACAUUUUGAGAUGGGAGAGAGGAGGGGGGAAAAAAAAGAUUUCUGUAGAAUCUCCUGUUCCACUGGAAACCUGUUCACAUUAAAUUAAGUGUACCAGUUGCUUUGUUACAAUAAAUAAAUGUAUACAUAAUGUUUGGAGUAGUUUGAUCGCAUUUGGGAAUUUUCUAAUUGGCACCAUAUUUUGUCUUUGUAC